AUGGCUCCAAACAUUGGGAACCCUCCGCACGGUUUCUUGAUGCCUCCUGGCACAGUUCGGCUUAUUAGCGAAAAUGGGGAGUUUGAGAAGACAGAGAUAUUGCUACAGCCGACACCAACAGAUGACCCCAAUGAUCCCUUGAAUUGGACUAUUAUUCGAAAGGCUAUGAACUUCAUCCCGAUUCUAGCCCACAUGGUAGUCAUGUUCACACAGUUCUGUAUACCUUUUGUGUUCUGGACACUAUGGCUCCGUGACUUUCAAUGUACCUACACCCAACUCAACACCUCCGCAGCAUUUAUGCAUACUGGUGCAGCUCUCGGUGGUAUUUUCCUGAUACCUAUGGCCAUCAAAUAUGGACGCCGCCCUGUUUAUAUCGGGUCGCUUACUGUGAUGACUGCAAUGGUCGUCUGGCAAGCUUGCAUGAAGCGCGUUACCGAAUUAUACAUCACAUCCUUGAUAGUAGGAUUAGCUGGUUCUACGAAUGAGACUCUGGCCCAAAUGAGUAUUGCCGAUUUGUUCUUCGUCCAUCAGCGCAGCACCGCCAAUGGACUUUUCUUGGCAAUGAUUAUGAUCGGUUCUUAUCUCACUCCCAUACCUGCCGGAUACAUGGCCAAUAAUGGCAAUUGGCGUCAAUGCUUCUGGAUUUUAUUCGGAUUCGAGGCAGCAUUGUGGAUCUACUUCAUUCUGUUCUACGAGGAAAGCAAGUACAUACCGCGUAUAGAAGCCCAGGCCUCUAUCAUUCGGACAUCUGCCGAUGACUUGGCAUCAAAGUCUAGCAGCAACGAUGAGAAACAUAUAGCCUCACAUUCGGAGUCUUCAGACACAGAAACCGCUCGGGUUAACCCUAGUAUCCCUCCUCUCACGUGGAGGCAACGGCUUCGCUUCAUCACGAAAACGGACGACGACUUAAUAAAGACCGCAUAUAUCCCCGUUGUCGUGGUUUUCCGAUUCCCUGUCAUUAUGUACACAGCACUUCAAUACGGCUUCUGCCUAUGCUGGGUUGCGCUUAUAUCAUCUACGGUCUCGAUUGUAUACACACAUCCUCCCUACAAUUUCACGACUUCGGGAAUUGCUACCAUGAACCUUGGACCAUUUGUUGGAGCUAUACUUGGAUCUCUUUACGGCGGCUUACUUUCCGAUCGAUCUAUAUUGUGGCUUGCCCGACGCAACUAUGGAUACUACGAACCCGAGAUGCGAUUGCAGCUUGUUCAUCUCCCUGCUAUUUGUAUUAGCGGCGGUCUUUUGAUGUUUGGGUUGACUACAAGUAAGGGCAUGCAUUGGAUAUACCCUAGCAUCGGGGGUACACUUUUCGGCUUUGGCUUCGUAGGUAUCUGCGACCUUGCUCUCACCGUCUUGAUCGAUAGUUAUAGAACUGUUACCGGCGAAGCCUUCGUCGGAGUGGCACUCAUCCGCAGCUGCCUAGGCAUCGCCAUAUACUUCGCAAAUGGCCCCUGGAUGUCGGCUCAGAACCUCCAAGGCCGUUUUAUUGUAAUUUGCGCUGCGUCGUUGGUCAUCGCGUGCCUACAUAUACCGUUCAUCAUUUGGGGGAAGAAGAUGCGGGAGAAGACGGCACCUUUGUACAACAAGAUGUCUGACACAAAAGGAACUUCUCGUAUGUAG